CCCACCUGCUACCAUGGAUACACUGCGCGUCCCUGAGCUUUAGCCUAGCGUCUCUUAUCGUUUGUGAGAGUUAUUUCGAAGCUCCUUCCUCUUACUGUAACGCAUAUUUCGUCUGUUAGAACAUAUUUUGGUGCAACCGACAUUGAAUUUGAAUUUAUCAGUGACCCUUCUAUGACCUGCUGCCAUGAGUUUGGACACAAUAUCCUCAUCUCCCCUGCACACACAGCCUGCCUCCCUCACCACACAUUCAGUCCCAGUGGAGCACCUAGACUACAAAUAUAUUGAAAAAUGUUCAGACCUAAAGUAUUUGGAGAAGAUCCUUGGGGUCCUAAGGUCAGGCAAAGAGGGCAUUUAUCCCCACCUGACUGAAUUCUGUGAGAAGCACGUAGAGAAGCUUGAUCCCAGGAGUCGUGCACUGAGGAAGGAGAAUUUUCCAGCUACAUCAGCCAGUUUCUCUAAAGAUGAGUGGGACCAAAUUACCAAUGAGCUGCAGACCUGGGAGAAUGAGAUCAAAAUAAAUGAUGUAGAGCUUAAUAAGCAGCUAUUUUUCUGUAACGAUGUAAAUAUCCCACCUGUCCGAGGGUCCAACUGCUCCAUUCAGAAAGUGACCUACAGUGGAGACAAAGCAUAUUCAAAGACACGUCAUCUCCCCCGAUCCUACCAAGACUGGGACAAGUUUGAUGUUGAAAAGGAAUGUGCUAAAAUUGAUGAAACUUUGACAACAAAUGAAUCUGCUGCCAUUAUCGAUGACAGCCUUUUAAAAAUUCAAAGCAAAAUAGACACAACAGGUCUUACAGAGCAGGAAAAAGUUGUUUUGGCAAAUCGUGAGAAGGACAAAGGCAAUGAGGCCUUCAGAGCAGGUGAUUAUGAGGAGGCUGUGACCUACUACACCAGGAGUGUAUACAUCAUGCCAAUGACUACAGCGUAUAACAACCGAGCACAGGCAGAGAUCAAACUGCAGCGCUGGUACGACGUGUUGAGCGACUGUGAGCGGGUGCUGCAGCUGGAGCCACACAAUACCAAAGCUCUGCUGCGUCGUGCCACAGCAUACAAGCAGUUGGAGAACCUGCAGAUGGCUCAUGAUGACAUUAAUGCUGUUCUUCGCUCUGAGCCAAACAACAUGAGUGCACAGAGACUGCUGGAGGAAAUCAGUAAGAAAAUAAAUGCUCAUAUACAUCACAAGCCAAACAAGGGAAAGAAGCUUCUCAUCCAGGAAGUGGAAGAUGAUGAUGAUGAUGAUGAUGACGAUGGUGAUGAAAAAGAUGAUAUGCCAUGUGCUGGUGGUCAGAGUGCGGGAGAGAACAGGCAGGCUGCAGUGAGAGGAGGAAUGGGCAAUGCGCAGAAGAAGGCACACAGUGGGGGGGCGCGGGGGCCAACCGCCAACAAAUACAAAGUGAAGGCAGAGGGAGAGCCGGCAGCUGUAGCUAACAGGAAAAAUCUAGCCAACGGCAACAGCACAGCUCAGCCAGCCAACGGCAGGCCGGACAGUCCAGGGGAGGAGAGGACCGAGUCAACCUGUGCCUCUGGAGCCCUGCCUCCACCUCUGGCCCGGCUAAAAAACGAGGGCAACCAACUCUUCAAGAAUGGACAGUUUGGAGACGCUCUGGAAAAGUACACACAGGCUAUCACAGGGUUUACGGAAGCAGCCAUCGACAGUCCAGAAGACUUAUGUAUACUGUACUCAAACAGAGCAGCCUGCUACCUGAAAGAUGGCAACAGCUCUGACUGUAUAGCUGACUGCAGCAGGGCACUGGAGUUACAGCCAUUCUCUUUGAAGCCGCUCCUGAGAAGGGCGAUGGCAUAUGAGUCUCUGGAGCGUUACCGCAAAGCCUAUGUGGACUAUAAAACCGCACUGCAGAUUGACAGCAGCAUCCAGGCUGCCCACGACAGCGUUAACAGGAUCACACGGUUGCUGAUAGAGCAGGAUGGUGCUGAAUGGAGACAGAAGUUGCCAGAGAUUCCAGCAGUUCCAGUAUCAUUACGACAACACCACACAGCGGCUACUUCCUCCACCCACUUACACAAAGAGAAUGACACUCAAGAAGCAGCCAGGAGGGCUGAGGCUCGUUUCACUUCCCUGAAGACAGAAGGGAACGAGUUAGUGAAGAAAGGGCAGUACCAGGAGGCAGUUGGAAAAUAUAGCGAAUGCCUUAAACUCAAAUCGGACGAAUGUGCAAUCUUCACCAACAGAGCUCUCUGCUUUAUUAAACUGAAGCGAUUUGCUGAAGCCAAGCAAGAUUGUAACUCCGCCCUGAACCUUGAGUCUUCCAAUAAAAAGGCCUUCUACAGACGUGCAUUGGCUAAUAAGGGCUUGAAGGAUUAUGAGGCGUGCAGUUCAGAUUUGCAAGAAGUGCUGCGUUUGGAUACUAGUGUACAAGAGGCUCAGCAGGAGCUGGAUGAGGUGACUGCUUUGCUGAAGCAGCAAAGAGCCACAGGGUCUCCCAGCCAACCACGCAGGGACAUCACAAUCACUGAGGUGGAGGACUAUGACGAGGAAGGAGACGCUGUGAAGAGCAGCUCAGACGGAGAGCAGAAAAGUACCAGUCAGACCAUCAACCUGCAACCCUCCAACGCAUACGAGUUUGGACAAGCACUGAAUGCAGCCCGUUCCCUUAACGACACAGCAGCCUGUGCCCAGCUGCUUCGCACUGUACCACCCGAUAGUCUUCCUCAGUAUGUGAGCACACAACUGGAUGGUCACACACUCAGCUUUAUCAUGAAGACACUGGACACACACCUGCUGGCAUCUGAGCCAGGUGUGGUUUACCAGCUCCUUGACCAUCUGCACACUACAGAAAGAUUCUCGAUGGUUCUGAUGAUGCUGAACCCGGAUGAAAGGAGGCAGAUGACGCAGCUGUUUGAACACUUAUGCUCAGUGGACUGUGAGGAUUUUUCUCAAAAUGAUAUUAAAAAUCUGGCCAACAAAUACAUCUGACCCUCAGAAACCUCUGCAUGAGCUCUCAUGCACUUGGAUCUAUGCAAUAACCUCAGUUCCCAAGACCUGCAUCAGCAGCUUAAAGCUAUAUUACCACAGACCCUAAAACACCAUCCCAAGAAAAUCCAAAAACCCCAGAACCCUGUUCUGAAACUGACUGAUUCUCCCUGGAUGCUUUAUCCUGACAUCACUUGAUUAGAAACGUGAGGCAGAUGCAUGGUGUGGUGGAAAUUUUAUUAAGAGUUUCAGUGAAACAGCUGUUACUGAAAAGUGCCCUGAUGCUGUAUAUUAAAUUGUUGUAGAAAGUAACUCUUGCAUCUUAUUCUAUAUAUAUAUGUUUAAAAUGUCACAAUGUAUAUCUCUUUCAGGUAUAAAAAGAGAAUUUUAUUUUAUUGCAAUAAAAAGAUUAU